UUAGAUGCAUCGAAUUUAAUUUAAAUUUUGACAUUAACGAUUGUGUGUCAUGUGGAGAAAAUUCAAAGAACUGUAGAAAUUUUCUAAUUAGAUCAAGUUGAAGGCGCUAUGUGGUGGCUGAGAUCGGUUCCAUCGUUGCGUCGUACCAUUGUUGGAGUCCGUAAAUAUGGUGCUCUUCAUGAUCCCUUGGAUCACGUAACUGGUAUUCAGAAACGGGAACUACUUGCCCAUCUUGCGGGAGAAUGCGAUCCAUUCCGUAUCAUGGCUAUUAAAAGAGGUCCUGGAACGUGCGAGCGUCCAAACCUGAUACCGAGUGCCUUCGCCUCACGGUUGAUGGGCUGCAUCUGUCAUCCAGAUCAUAAUCACGCUGAGUACAUGUGGCUGCACCAGGGAGUACCCAAACGAUGCGGCUGCGGUUAUUGGUUUGAAUUGUGUCCUGUUGCACCAUUGUAAAUGAAUUGUACGAUACUGCUAUAUAUUAAAUGGUA